AUCUGAGACCCGGGACCGAUCUCACUGUCCGUGCAGAUUCCCGAGCCCACUCUGGCUCCCUAGGCCUUGACCCCGGCUGAUCUGCGCCUUCUCAGCUUUAGCGUUUUGCCGCCGCCUAGGGGCGAGCUCUCCUGGGAGGCAACCGCGCAGCCGGCUUCACCGCCCCUCUCGCCGCCACUACAACUUCCAGCGGCCCCAGCCGCGUCCGUCCGUCUCCUCCGCACCGAGUCUCGGCGCUGCGCCUGCUGGGAAGCGUAGUUCCGAGGGUUCCCCAGCGCGGGACCUUCUGGGAAACCCAGGCGCCAGCCGUCAGAGGCUGUCGAGCGGUGGGUGCUUCGGCACCUCGGAGACUCGGCGGAGGGUGGAGGUUUUUCAGAAUGGGAAGCAGGAAGGACUACAGGGUUCAGGCCUCGGCUGCGGAGUCCUCGAGGUCCCCAGUGCCCCGCGUGACAAUAAGCUCAGGCCGCGUCCCUCCAGCCCUGCUGUUUCCCUCAGGUCAUGCUUCAUCCCCUCCAAGCUCUGGCCUCCAAGUGAAGGGGGAUGGGGCGGGGGGGGGGGGGUCACCUGCUAGAAAAGUGUGGGGCGCCAAGGUCUGCCCCGGGACUCUAUGGACUCCAUCCCAGGGUCCAGGCCCCGCCCCUCAGUAGCUUAUCCCUAGCCGGGGCUCCCCCCGUGGGAACGGGGACCAGCUGGCCGGAAGCGCCAAACUGCGUCCCUGUCGAGCCCCGGGGAUCAAUCAGGCCGAGGAGUUAAUUAUGUAAUGAGGGGGCAGGGGGUCGGGGCUAAUGAAGCCUGGGGUGGGGGCAGAGAAGGGGAGGGUACCCAGGUAUCCGGCCCCCUCUUGGACCCCUUCCAGGCCCCAGGGGUCUCCACCCAGCCCAACUCCAGGGCCCCAAAUAGGGGAGGGGCUGUGAUCCUGGGUCUGGAAGGGGCUGAGCUGUGAGCUAUAAAGGGGGCAUCUCUCAGCACCCGGGGACUCUAGGCAGCGUGACCUGAGGCCAGACAGGACUACUCCAUGUACCAUCCACGAGAGUUGUACCCCUCCCUGGGGACAGGCUACCGCCUUGGGCCCCCCCAGCCGGGAGCAGAUUCCAGCUUCCCGCCUGCUCUGGCAGAGGGCUACCGCUACCCUGAUCUGGACACUCCCAAAUUGGAUUGCUUCCUCUCCGGGAUUGAGGCUGCUCCCUGCACCUUGGCCGCUCCCCCACCCCUGCCCCCGCUGCCCCCAGCCCUGGGCACUGAGCCGGCCCCCCCAGCCCCAGACGCCCUUCAUUCGCUCCCUGGAGUCAGCCUGAGCCUGGAGAACCGGGAGCUGUGGAAAGAGUUCAAUUCCGUGGGAACAGAGAUGAUCAUCACCAAAGCUGGGAGGCGCAUGUUCCCUGCUUGCCGAAUAUCAGUCACUGGGCUGGACCCCGAGGCCCGCUACCUGUUUCUCCUGGAUGUGGUUCCAGUGGAUGGGGCUCGCUACCGCUGGCAGGGCCGGCGCUGGGAGCCCAGUGGCAAGGCCGAGCCCCGCCUGCCCGACCGCGUCUACAUUCACCCUGACUCUCCUGCCACCGGUGCCCACUGGAUGCGGCAGCCCGUGUCUUUCCAUCGUGUCAAGCUCACCAACAGCACGCUGGACCCCCAUGGCCAUCUGAUCUUGCACUCCAUGCACAAGUACCAGCCCCGCAUACACCUGGUGCGGGCAGCCCAGCUUUGCAGCCAACACUGGGGGGGCGUUGCCUCCUUCCGCUUUCCCGAGACCACAUUCAUCUCUGUGACAGCCUAUCAGAACCCGCGGAUCACACAACUGAAGAUCGCAGCCAAUCCCUUUGCCAAGGGCUUCCGGGAGAAUGGCAGAAACUGUAAGAGGGAGCGAGAUGCCCGUGUGAAGAGGAAACUGAGGGGCCCAGAGCCAGUGGCCACAGAGACCUAUGGGAGUGGAGAUGCACCAGGGGGCCCCUGUGAUUCCACACUGGGGGGGGACGUCCGUGAGUCAGAUCCCGAGCAGGCCCCAGCCCCCCGCGAAGCGGCCCAGGCCCCGGCUCCUCCGUGUGGCGGCUCCAGUGCCGAAGCCUACCUUCUACACCCUGCCGCUUUCCACGGGGCUCCCAGUCACCUUCCAACCAGGAACCCCAGCUUCCCUGAGGCUGCGGACUCAGGGCGCCCGGCCCCCUACUCGGCCGCAUUCCUGGAGCUGCAGCCUGGGCCCGGGGGCUCAGGAUACCCAGCAGCUGCACCCCCAGCCCCCUUCGCCUCGCACUUCCUCCAGGGGGGCCCCUUCCCCCUUCCCUACCCCGGCCCUGGGGCUUACCUGGACGUGGGCUCCAAACCUAUGUACUGAGCUCUUGCUGGGCCCCUCUGCCUCCCUCCCUGUCCUCGGUCCUAGACCUCCGCCGCCCUUCCCCCAGGCCUGCAGCCCCAUCACUUCCACUGGCCCCAUCCCCCACACCAAAUGGCGGCCCGGGGGGGCCUCCCCCACCCCACUUCACACUUUGAUUUCACUCCCACCCACCCUGGCUUCAAAGCUCUGGCUAAGCUGCUGGGAGUCCAGCUGGGGCCAGCUUCCCCUUCCAGGCUCUCACCUCGGUGUGAAUGGAGGGAGGCUCUGCCUGGCCAAAUGGGGCCACUGCCCAGCACCCCCUCCUCCUGGGCCUCAGCCUUGGGCCCUGCAAGUUCUACCCCCUCGCCCCAGGACAACCCACACCAGUUUGUUCUCAGGACCAGAGUAUUUUUGUUAAUAAAACUCAAAAGACCUCA